GUGCCAAUGUCGACCGAAAUCGCUCACAUGUCCCUGAGCAUCUCAAGGCCGCAAGGCUUCUUCUCGUGCCGUCAUGGCUUCCACCUCCGGCGCUGGAGUCGAUGAAGAAUGCACCGAAGAUGCACGUCUCUUAAAUCUCACCAGAACAAUUGGUAUGUGCAAGCAAGCCAUGUUAGGAGGAGCGUGAGCGAUGAUUGGUACCAAACAGGCUUCAUCGGACUGGCCGCAGCAGUGCCAUGGACAUUGUCCUGCAUGACGCCCAGAUAUAGAACGAGCAUCCGAAUUUGUACGGCGAGUGCUGCUACCUGCGCUACCAUAGGAUCAUUGACCUACGAUUCUUCCCCAUGCCAGAGCUGGCGUCACAGGGUGGCCGUCAAGACUACGUCCAGCGAGCGCCAGCCACACCGCGAACCCCUAAGAUAUCCCGGUCUCAGGGACGGUGUGAUCUUGGCCGGAUUGGGCAGCAUUAUGAUGCUCAGCAGGCUGUCUACUAGAGCGCGAAUCUAUCGACACAUUCUCGUAGCUUCCACAUGUAGCGUAGCAGCUGCAUACAUUGCUCACAGAAUUACUCAGAUAAGGGAUGAUAUGAAACUCGUGGGAGCUCUCAAGCCCGCGGCUGGACUGGGAAGCACAUCACUUACCGACACAUCGGCAACCGUUAAGGCAAUUUCAUUAAUGGCUGUGGAAGAUCCUAUGCUUCACCCCGCUGAUGGCACUAUGGCGGCUUCUCGAGGACCGCUUGUGAACCAAGGCGGCAGCUCUACUUCUGACUCUGGCUCUGGCUCGUCCGGUCGAGGCUCUCCUCUUGAUGGUGCUCCUCAAAGUCAAGGAGGCCGGAAAGAGGGUGAUGCACUGACUGCAAGCAAGGCCCCAUUCAACAUCGGUGUUCGAAUGAGCGCCUCUGCCAAUGCCAAUUACCAAUGGACCUCUGAGAAUCCCAUCGCGGAUCUUGAAAGGAAUCUGAAGCGGCUCACCGAGAAACGCGAAAAGUUGGCCCGGGAAGCCGAGUUUCUGUGGUCGUGGCUCUCGGUCAAGGAGCUCGAAUACUACAAUCACUACUACAAACUUGCAGAAUGCCCUGAGAAGCGAAGUAAACGAUAUUAUCUCCACACUCUAUGCCAGGUACACUUUGUUCUCUGGCAGAAAGCCACAGCCCUGGACUGGCGAAUUGCUGACACAAAGAAGCACAUGUCACGUUUACGAUCGUUGGACGCCAAUGGUGACAUGACCUGGUGCAUUGAGGAACCCGCGAAAGCCGCUGUCAGCCGGCCGGAGCAGGCCAUGUGGCACUUCCGAGACUUCGAACAGAGCUUGGCGAAGAAACAGGCGCAUCUUCAGCAAAUCAGGAGGAACAUGGCUGAAAUGUUGUUGGGGUUCGAUGAGGCGGCGCAGAACGAGCAAAUAUAUGAUCCAGAGGAGAAAAAGAUGGUCUGCCAGAAGGACAUGUUCGUGAAGGUUCGGGAUUCGCUGGAGCGCGAGGUCGAACGAGUUGACGAAAGUCAGCAAGUCGUCAGACAACUCAUUAUUGACGCCAAGAGACGUGUCACACAAUAA